UAUUUGCAACGACAAAAUAAGCUCACGAAAACAAGGCACUGUGUUCGAAAAAAGUAAGGACAAAUAAAAGCUCUGAUCAAUCUUUCUCUACGCAGAAAAUCCUAUUAUAAUAACUCACUAGGAAGCUUCACCCAUCCCAUCGUCUUUCCCAGGGCCUCAUUUCAGAUGGGUUUUUAAUUCCUCCGUUUGUCAUCAUCGUCUCCAUUUCUUGUAGCCAAGAAACCCAGAAAAAGCUGCGAAAGAAGAGUCCAUCUGUGCAGCAAAAAUCACAAACAUCUGGGUUUUGCUUGCCGUGAAGUAAGAAGAUGUGGAUUUUUGGGUGGACAGGAGCAUCUGGGUUUUCAGCUCGUUCAACUGCUGAACAAGUUACUAAUGGAAUCGAUGCAACUGGGCUCACUGCUGUCGUCACAGGAGCAUCAAGUGGAAUUGGGGUGGAGACAGCAAGAGUUCUUGCUAUGCGCGGUGCUCAUGUGGUCAUGGCAGUGAGAAAUGUUGAUACUGGGAAGAGUGUUAAAGAAGCAAUUCUCAAGGAGAUCCCUACUGCUAAGGUUGAUGUUAUGCAGCUGGAUCUCAGUUCCAUGGCAUCAGUCAAGAAAUUCGCUUCGGAAUACAUUUCUUCAGGCCUUCCACUGAACCUGUUAAUUAACAAUGCAGGCAUUAUGAUGUGCCCUUACAUGCUCUCCACGGACAACAUUGAGAUGCAGUUUGCUACCAACCAUGUCGGGCAUUUUCUCUUGACACAUCUUUUGUUGGAAACAAUGAAAUCCACGGCUCGUGAAAGUAAUCAGGAAGGAAGAAUUGUUAAUCUAUCAUCAGAAGGUCAUCGGUUUGCUUACAAGGAAGGGAUACGUUUCGACAAGAUCAACAACGAAGCAGAGUACAAUAACAUACGUGCUUAUGGGCAGUCAAAGCUGGCUAACAUUCUUCAUGCUAAUGAGCUUGCUAGGCGGCUCAAGGAAGAGGGAAUCAACAUAACUGCGAAUUCACUUCACCCUGGAGCCAUCGCUACAAACCUUCUUCGCCAUUCCAGUUUUCUUGAGGCUAUUACCAAUGUCGUUGGUAAAUAUGUGCUAAAAAAUGUUCCACAGGGAGCUGCAACUACAUGCUAUGUGGCACUGCAUCCACAGGUGAAGGGGGUCACAGGUGAAUACUUCUGUGACAGUAACUUAUACAAACCAAACCCUCAGGGUAAGGAUGAAGAAUUGGCAAAGAAGCUUUGGGAUUUCAGCUUGGAUUUGGUCAACCCUUUUUGCUAAAAAUGUUACUUUUCUAGUCAUAUUUGGUUGAACCUAGUACACUACUUUCUUUCUUACAGAACUUACCAUACAUGUUUGGCAUACUGAACACAAGGAGAUGUUUUUGUUCACUUUUCUCCAGAUCUUGUUUCUUGUUCUAUCAUUUGAGUUAUUUAUCUCUGCGAAUAAAUGGUUAGCUCUUCCGUUCUAGUUUUUUUUAAUCUGUUCAAGCUCUUGGCUUGCUAGGUACAUGUCCUACUACCACUACUGUUAUCAUUAGGGCACUUUGUUAUUGAUCUGAUAGCAGGUAAGGGGGAUUGUGUUCAAUUGAAGGUAAUUUAGAAUGAACUAAGUUAACCGAAAUUCGACCCAUCCUUACCUCACCAGUUGUCAAUCGUCUCCAGCUCGCCCGAAACUAUCUGAUCAAUUGAAAUUUUGCAGACAGUUGAGGUUUACAGGAUUAAGUAUAGGUUUGAGUUUGUGAAACAAGAAAACCAAACGGGAUGUUUAUUCAUCAUACUAUACAAUAAUUGUGAAUCUAGGCGUCACCGUCUAGGGUUCCUAUAAAUGUGAUAAUAGGAGAAUUUCGAUAACGGAGAUUUAGAUUAGAUGAUUUAGUAGUAAAAUUGUAUAAGAAGAAGAGAGAGAGGAAGAGUCGUCGGCUAGGCCGGUCAAUAACCUUGUGGUCAAUAACUAUGCAUAAUUCAAUCAGAAUUCAUUUCUCACUAGUUUUAAGUCGAAUUUUUUUUUUUUUUGCACAAUUAGAUAAGAUUAAUUGUGCUCUUAUUUUUACACAGUUGAUAUAGUUUUUGAACAAAAAAAACCAGACAUUUUUUACCAGUCUAUACCAUAUGAUAUUGACUGAUAUUGAAAUAAGAGCAUAGCAUAUGGUAUGAAAAGCGUACCAUGGUGGUAUGAACAUACCAAUAGUAGGAGUAUAUUAAUUGUCAUUUACCACUUUCAACAUUGUGUACCACAAGAUACCACCCCGUAUCAGGGUGGUAUUGUGUGGUAUUUUUUGGAAUUGUAUUUUUUUCACCCCAUUAAUUUGUAGGUCCAAUAAAUCACGAUGAACUCUUUCAUUAUGUGCAAAAUUUUUCAGAAACGACUUUAAAACGAAUAAAAUAUCAUAUGGUAUGCAGUUGGUAACGAGAGGCGUUAAUUUUUUUUUUCUAUAAAAAUAUUGAAUAUGGAUCUCAUUUUGUAGAUCACAACGAACGCGUUCCAUCUGUGCAAAAAAAAAAAAAUUGAAAUCCGAGUUAAAACGAAGAAGAUUUGAGCCGAUUAACAAAACAAGAAAAAAUAAAAAUGUCUUUAAUCAUCCACCCUUAGAAUUGGAUUUUCUGAAUAAAUAACAUAGAUUUAGUUAUGAAUAGGUGUAUACACUGUAUCUUGAGCCCCUUCGACUUAAGGAAAAAACCAAAGGAAAAGAGAGAGAAUAUAAUUGAGUAAUUAUGUUCUGUAAUUAAUGCAACAAGCGAUGUGGAUCACGUUCGGGGUGCGUUAUUCUAGAGGAAGGUAGGAGCUUGGCAUCUUCUUUCAGCAGUGUUUUUUUCUGUUUUGUUUUCGUCAACUCAAUAGGACUGCCCAUCAUGUGACACAAAAGGCCCUCUCAUCGGGAGUUCGACUAUUGGUCGACUCCCGCGCUUUUCUUUCUUCCCAUUUGUGACUCUUUAUUAUUCAGCUGACUUUGCUAUAAAAAAAAAUUAUGUUCUGUAAUUAAUUAACGAAAAUUUUCUAAUUGAUAAAUCCCCUCUAUCUAUACUUCCUAACAAAAAUAACUAGACUUC